GUUUCAUAGCAACCUCGUAUCACUUUUCCUCGAGUCUCGAAACUCCUAUUACUAACUUUAUAGGUCUCCCUAAGUGCACUCGUAAUGCAUCCUCGCCGGCAACCACAGCAGUGACAAGUUGAUAAAUAGUCGGACCCCGCUCCAGCCCGAUGAGAUUUAUCCUUCUCACCAAACUUCAAAAGUUUCGCAAUCGAACUCAAGACUGAUCACAAUGACCAGCACAGAAGCCCCAGUAGUCCUCAUUCUCGGCGCAGGUCGCAACAUUGGGCAACAUACGGCCCAGCACUUCGAAGCCAAGGGCUACCGAGUUGCUCUUGUGGCUCGAAACAUCAACACGGAUGACAGCACUGAAACUCGGCUUCAUAUUCAAUGUGACCUCUCCGACCCAAAUGCCCUCCACGACGUGUUUUCGCGUGUGAACGCUGCCUUUGGAGUUCCUAGUGUGGUUAUUUAUAAUGCCUACGGUUUGACCCUAACCAGUCCCCACGACAUUUUCAGUCCGACCACAGAGCAAUUCACUCGCGAUCUGAAUAUAAACACCACCAGUCCUUAUGUCGCCGCCCAGCUGGCUGUCCGGGGAUUCGAGACCUUGCCGGCGUCCGCGGCUCGAACGUUCCUCUACACGGGUAAUGCGUUGAACACUAUCGCUGUUCCCCAGUUCUUCACUUUGGGGAUCGGGAAGGCGGCUACGGCGCAUAUGAUUGAGGCGGCGGCGGUUGCGUACCGGGAGAAGGGAUUCAAGUUCUACUAUGUCGAUGAGCGCAAACCAGAUGGAACCUCUGGUCCUGACAUUGACGGCGCGGCACAUGCGCAAUUAUUUGCGGAGCUGGCGGAGAGUAAGGAUCAGGGCCCGUGGCAGCAGACGUUCGUCAAGGGAGAGGGAUAUAAAGCGUUUCUUGUCGGAGAAGGAAAGAUCUAAACCUGCGGGGCUAUGGUUGCGAUCGUGAGCUUCACGAUUCAGCUACAAGAGACUAGGUAACCAUGAGCCAGUUUCAUCUAUCUCAUCCCAGAUACAACUAUUGAUAAUUG